CCCAGAGACUGUAAAAAUGCGCUAUACUUCUAUUUCUUUUGAUGUGUUCGGGAUGUAAAAAGGGAGGAUAUGACCCGAAGUACCUGCUCUGCAACAUUACCUAUGAGCAGUUCAGAUGAUGUCGAAUAUUUUUGGAGCUGCACUAUCCAGGCAGAUGGGGAGUAUUCCAUCACACUCCUGACUUGUGCCUUGUAUAUAGAAGGUGGACAGGUUUUGGGAAAUCAGGAGAAUUCUAUUGAACUAUUUGUGAACAGGUUAGACUCAGUGGAAUCUGUCUUGCCUUAUGAGUAUGCCGCAUUUGAUUUCUGUCAAUUGGAAGAGGAAAAGCGUCCCUCGGAAAACCUUGGACAAGUCUUGUUUGGUGAGAGGAUUGAGUCAUCUCCAUACAAGUGUAGAAAUACAACAGGGAAGUUUUUAGAGUUCCACUUUAAGAAGGAAGAGGUGUGUAAGCACGUCUGUACAAAAAAAUAUAACCCGGAAAGCAAGGAUGACAAAUCAAAGUUGACAUUUCUGAAGAAUGGCAUGCAAUUAAACUAUCAACAUCAUUGGAUUGUUGAUAAUAUGCCAGUCACAUGGUGCUAUGAUGUGGAAGAUGGUCAGAAAUUCUGUAAUCCAGGGUUUCCCAUUGGUUGCUACAUAACAAAAGAUGGUCAUCCAAAAGAUGCAUGUGUUAUUAGUUCUUCCUUCAAUGAGAAAGACACUUACUAUAUUUUCAAUCAUGUGGAUAUCACAAUAUAUUUCCAUAGUGAAGAUGGGACUGAAGCAAGACUUGUGGCUGCCAAGUUAGAACCAAAAAGCUUCAAGCACACACAAGUUGAUAAGCCCGACUGCUCAGGACCACCUUUGGGUAUCCCAAAUGUAUUCCAAGAGAAAAUUAGUAUUGCCUAUACCUACUCUGUCAAAUAUGCUACAUCAAAUAUUAAGUGGGCAUCAAGAUGGGAUUACAUUUUGGAAUCUAUGCCUCACACCAACAUUCAGUGGUUUAGCAUUAUGAAUUCCUUGAUAAUUGUCCUGUUCCUUUCUGGUAUGGUUGCUAUGAUAAUGCUUCGAACCUUGCAUAAGGACAUAGCAAGAUACAAUCAAAUGGAUUCAGCUGAAGAAGCCCAGGAAGAAUUUGGAUGGAAAUUGGUACAUGGUGAUGUCUUUAGACCGCCUCGGAAAGGAAUGAUAUUAUCCAUUUUCCUGGGUUCUGGCACUCAAAUCUUUAUCAUGAUGUUUGUUACUCUAUUUUUUGCAUGCCUGGGAUUUUUGUCACCUGCAAACAGAGGUUCUUUGAUGACUUGUGCAGUUGUCUUGUGGGUGCUGCUUGGGACCCCAGCAGGCUAUGUAGCUGCCAGAUAUUACAAAUCAUUUGGUGGGGAGAAAUGGAAAACAAAUGUAUUAUUGACCUCUCUUCUGUGCCCAGGGGUUGUUUUUGCUGAUAUCUUUAUCAUGAAUCUGAUUCUUUGGGGUGAAGGCUCUUCAGCAGCUAUACCUUUUGGAACAUUGGUUGCUGUUCUCGCUUUGUGGUUUGGCAUAUCAGUGCCUCUAACCUUCCUUGGUGCCUAUUUUGGCUUCAAGAAGCAGACAAUAGAGCAUCCUGUUCGCGUCAAUCAAAUUCCACGCCAGAUCCCUGACCAGUCAUUCUACACAAAGUCUACACCUGGAAUCAUUAUGGGUGGCAUAUUGCCAUUUGGAUGUAUUUUCAUUCAGCUUUUCUUCAUUCUCAAUAGUAUAUGGUCUCACCAAAUGUAUUACAUGUUUGGUUUCCUAUUUCUGGUGUUCAUUAUUCUCAUCUUCACGUGUUCCGAAGCAACUGUUCUUCUCUGUUAUUUCCACCUUUGUGCUGAGAAUUACCACUGGCAAUGGCGAUCAUUUCUCACUAGUGGAUUUACAGCAGUGUAUUUCUUAAUCUACGCAGUCCAUUAUUUCUAUUCCAAACUCCAGAUAACUGGAACUGCCAGUAUCAUUUUGUAUUUUGGAUACACGAUGAUAAUGACGUUGAUCUUCUUCUUACUCACAGGAACUAUUGGGUACAUCGCAUGUUUUUGGUUUGUGACCAAGAUUUACAGUGUUGUCAAGGUGGAUUGAAAGAACUAUCUUUCUGGAGAAGUGUACGUUUUUUUGACAGAACUUUUGUUUACCAAGUUGAUUUGAUGUCUUGCACACGGAAGAGUCUGGUUAAAUCAGAAGAGCUAUUGUACAAAAUACUGGCACCAAGUUUAUAUUUUUUAACUAAAACUUGUUGGGAUAUAAAUCAUUUUGAAAUGAAUGCACACUUGUUCAUUUUGAACAAAAAUCUGUCCUGUUUGCUUUUUAACAUUGGGAUUUGUUUAAAAUUUCCAUUAUAUUUUAUAACUAGAUUUGCACAGUUGCAACAAAGGUAUUUGUGACAAUAAUGUUUCUGUAAAUUGUGGUAUACACUGUCUACUGAAAUAAAAAUCUUCAAAAGACCUGUACGUUUUAAGAUAACAAAAACUCAGUGCAAUAAGCCAAAAAGACUUGGUUUCUGAUUAAAAUGCAUUUGGUUACUUGUUGCUUUCUCCAUUUUUCUACUCUCAUUAUUUAUUAAGAAACAAUACUGUUGUUAUGCAAGCAAUUAAGGAGUUUCUUUUCACUUCUUCCUUUUUGCCGCCUUUUCAUGAGGUGUUGAUAUUUUUAUUGCCUCCUAUUAUGACAGCAGAGGGGGAAAUCUUCACGUGAAUGGGUUAUUAUUCAUAAAUUGACAUUCCAAGUUUAAUUUAGUGGCAGGAAAUAAUUCAUUGCUACGACGAAGCUGGCAAUGAUCUGUUUAAGAAGCGGCAACAUUGCCUUGAGAAUGGUUAAUCUGUCACUAGAACAGAAUGAAAAAUAUAUGUAAAUCCAAUUUGGCCUAAAAUAGAUUAUUAAAAGCUUACAUCCACAGAAUUUCCUGACUGGCUUUGUCAGCUGCAGCACUUAUUUUCUAUCUCAUCAAUUCUCAAAAAAGAUUGUUAUUCUUGUUUUAUUUUACCCAUGUUGAGUUAGUUGGCUCGCCUGAUGGAAAUUUGUCUCUUGAUAUUUUCCUACUAUAGUUUUUUAGUGUCACUUGCAUAAUUCUCUCUUCGCUUGGCAAAAACUUCAGUCUUGCCGCAUCACCCUGCAAUGCAGAAAGAAGCUUUAAAAACUAUUUUUAAAAAAUGCAGACAUAUAAAUUGGAUAGUAAAGUGUAGGAAGAGUAGCAUACUGGAGAAGACAGGAGGCUGGUGAAUGCUGGAGAAGAUGGGAAGGAAAGAGGAGGAAAAUAGAGAAAUGACCAUUUCCCAUGCUUGUUUUCUUUGUAUCUACAUAAUACACUAGUGAAUGUAAAGGAAAUAUCUUACAUUAAUUGGAGGUUUAACUUUGAUGCUAAUAGGCCUAUUUUGUUGAUUUUAUGAUGAUCAUUUGAACACUUAUUUACUUAUAUUAAAAAUUGUUUCUGUUUUCUGUAACUAGAAACACUGCCAAACUUUAAAUAUUUAUUAUGAUUGUGAAGGAAUGUAUUGGGCUGCUUUUCUUUAUUGGGAUGAUUGGUCAUUGAAUACUGUAUUUUUUUAUUCCGUUGGGAUGACAUUUUGCUGUGUGCCUCUGAAUCAUUCAAUUUGCAGGUGAGCAAUCUGUUUUUCAAUAAAUCUUGUGUAAAAAUAAA